UUCACACAUUUCAAUUUUUCCUCACUCUGGACGUGAAACGUGCUCAUUUUUGCUUGUCACUGUGUCUGUUUCUGGAUAUUAUCUCUUGUUUUUUGUCCUUUUGGAUUGACUUGAUCCUUCUUUCAGAGUCUUUUUGGCGAGGAGACAAGGGGAGGGAGAACCAACUUAUUGAGAGAGGUGUGGUUUGUUACAAGUUAUGAGUAGAGGCUCUUCUCAAAAUGGAAUGUCAAGUCUAGAACAGCGAGUUGCUGGUCUGGACUUGUCUAAGAAUAAACAAUCCAAUAAUUCUACACAUAAUUCAGGAAGAGGACGUUAUAUUCCACCUCAUCUUCGUAACAAAGAUUACAUUGAAGAGGACGGACGGAAGGAUGGCCCACCUCCUUCUGGUCAAAGAGGGUACGAUCAAAGAGAUGUAAGGUCAUCAUCUUAUUCUGAUCAUCGUCGAGGAAGUCGAGGCUAUGAUGACAGACGAGGAGGAGGAGGGUAUGACCAUAGAGGACGGGAUUCCUAUGACCGUUAUCGUGGAGACUCAUAUGAUCGUCGUGGAGAAGACGCGUAUGAUCGCCGCGGCUCUUAUGAUCCAAGGAGCAGGGAUUAUGAUUCUUAUGAACGUCGUGGUAGCGACCGUGACUUCUAUGAUCGUUCAAGAAAUGACAGGCAAUACAGUGGCAGUAAUCGUGAUACGCCAUCAGAUAAACCCAGUGGAGGAGGAGGAGGAGGGGGUUAUGAUGAAACUGAUAGUGCUCCUCAGUCUGUUAAGGUUUCUGAUGAUAAGAAAAAUGACAAGUUUCAUGAUGGAGAUCAGUAUGACUCUCAUCGUGACACUGGGGGGCGGUGGGCCCAAUUGGACUAUGACAGGCGCUACUCUGGACCGAGAUAUGAUGACAGGAGGAGCAGUGGCCGUUAUGUGGAGAGGCGUGGCUCACUUCCUGUUCGUGGUUUUUAUGACAGGGACUCUACCACCUGGGGCCAGUAUUCAUCUGGUUAUGGACAUGGCCCACCCAGUCAGUGGGAUAGGGACGAAUGGAAACGUCCUCUUCCAAGCAACCCAAGACUUGAAAAUGAGCUUUUUGGAGGUGCCAAUACUGGGAUUAACUUUGACAAAUAUGAAGAAGUGAAAGUGGAAGCAACUGGCCAGGACUGUCCUAAGAAUAUUGAAAAUUUUUCUGACAUGAAUUUCAGUCCAAUCAUUCAGGAGAAUAUAAAGUUGGCACAGUAUUCAAAGCCUACCCCAGUUCAAAAGCAUUCAAUUCCUAUGAUAAUGAAUAGACGUGAUCUCAUGUCCUGUGCUCAGACUGGAUCGGGGAAAACUGCAGCUUUUCUCCUCCCAAUCCUCAGCCUCCUGUUUGAGGAUGGGCCUCCUCCACCUCCUCCUGAUCCACGUUAUGCAUCAGGGAGACGUAAGCAGUACCCACUGAGUCUCAUACUUGCUCCAACUCGUGAGUUAGCCUCUCAGAUUUAUGAUGAAGCAAGAAAGUUUUCAUAUCGCUCCCGUGUCCGUCCGUGCGUUGUGUAUGGAGGGGCUGACAUUGGUGGACAGAUCCGUGACUUGGAGAAAGGUUGCCUGUUGUUGGUGGCUACUCCUGGCCGACUGGUCGAUAUGUUAGAGAGAGGUAGAGUUGGCCUAGAACUUUGCAGGUUUCUUGUGUUGGAUGAAGCUGAUAGGAUGCUUGAUAUGGGCUUUGAGCCACAAAUACGUCGUAUUGUGGAGCAGGACAGGAUGCCACCUUGCGGUGAGCGUCAGACCCUCAUGUUUUCAGCUACUUUUCCAAAAGAGAUGCAAGUCUUAGCCAGGGAUUUUCUUGAUAAUUAUAUAUUUCUUGCUGUCGGUCGUGUUGGCUCUACAAGUGAGAAUAUCACUCAGAAGAUUGUGUGGGUUGAUGAAUGUGACAAGAGAUCAUUUUUAUUGGACAUACUUGAUGCUUCUGCUGAUUCCGGUGCACUGAUACUUGUGUUUGUUGAGACAAAGAAAAGUUGCGAUGCUCUUGAUGAUUAUCUGUAUAACCAGGGAUAUCGCUGUACAUGUAUUCAUGGUGACCGCUCUCAGGUUCAGAGAGAAGAUGCCCUUAGGAGUUUUAAAUGUGCCGAGACUCCUAUACUUGUAGCUACUGCUGUUGCUGCUCGGGGUCUAGACAUUCCUAAUGUCAAACAUGUUGUCAACUUUGAUCUGCCGAAUGACAUUGAAGAGUAUGUCCAUCGUAUUGGGCGUACCGGCCGUGUUGGCAACCUUGGCCUAGCUACGUCAUUCUGUAACGACAGGAAUAGGAACAUUUGCUCUGAUCUAUUGGAUCUUCUCAUUGAAGCACGUCAAGAAGUUCCGUCAUGGUUGGAGAGCAUGGCUUAUGAGAUAAAGGCACAGAGCAAGAUGAAGCAACAAGCUAGAAGGUGGGGAGGUGGUGGAGGGUUUGGUGGAAGAGAUUAUCGUCGUAGCUAUAGUCAACCUUACACUGGAGGAGGUGGAGGCGGUUAUGGCUACCAUCAUCACGGACAUGGAGGCGGAGGUGGGGGCAGCUCUGAUUGGUGGAACUGAUGAAACACUCUUACUUAUUACAACUACACUAGUUAUCUUUGCUGAUUGUUAAUGCACACUAAAAAAAUAAUAAUUUUGAUCAAUAAAAAUUGCUUAAAAAUUA